GUAAAAAUCACAAAAUCUUCUUCUUCGUCUCAAAAACCUCCCGACCAAACAUUUUCGUUCGCUGCAAACUCAUGGCUACCAUACCAGUAAACCCGAAACCAGCUUAAAUGGGGAAUGGAAUACAAAGGUUUUCUCGCUUCUGUUGACUCCUACAUGAACUUGCAGCUAGGAAACACCGAGGAAUACAUUGAUGGGCAAUUGACAGGAAACCUUGGAGAGAUUUUGAUCAGAUGCAACAACGUCUUGUAUGUUCGUGGUGUGCCAGAAGAUGAAGAACUCGAAGAUGCUGAUCAAGACUAACAUGUGCUGAUGACACUGAAUUCUCAAGUUUGUGUUUUUACUUUGAAAGUAACAACAAGCCAUUUAGUUUUAUGCCAUACUAAACAAACCUUCCUGUUGUUUUUUUUAACCAUCUUCAAUUUACGGCCUGUUAUAAGCCAUGAUAUGUUAUGUGAUCCUCGAGGGAUGUUACCUUCACGAUCUUCAUAUUCUUCUUCGAGUUCUGGCCUUCAUUUGUUCACUUAUAAUACUCUGUGAUGUAAUACUUAUAUGUUCUAAAAUCGAAGUAGUUUCCGCCUAA